AUGGAAGCUGCGGCGCAUGCGGCGAACGCGCGCCUACGCGGGGAUCAGGACGGAGGUCAUGGGGCCGGCGUGGCUCGAGGCGAGCGUGUGAGGCGAGCCAAGGACGAGGGGUCGGUGGACGGACCGGCCGAGCUCGGCGAGAAGAGCAAGGGCGAGAAGAGCACGGAAGCUCUGUCGGUGCUGAAGAAGGACGACCAGCGAGGAGACGGCGGCGUGAAGAAGAAGACAUGA